AAGUGUCCAAACACAGAGAAAAACUCCUGCUGAAGCGACUGAUCUCAACACGGUUAUAAAGAUGGCGUUUAUUAAAGAGGAGAGUGAAGAUGUGAAGAUUGAAGAAACAUUCAGAGUCAAACAGGAAGAUCUGCAGGAACAAACAGACCUAAUUGAAGAGAAUAAGGGGAGUAAAGAGGAGGAACAUCAUGUCAAAAUUGAGGAAAAAACUCAUUUACAGACUGUCGGUAUUUUGAAAAGGAGAGGCAAGAAUCGUUUCACGUGCACCUGCACUCAGUGUGGAAAGAGUUUUGGACGAAAAGGCUAUCUUAAGAUUCACAUGAUGAUCCAUACUGGAGAGAAACCAUUCACAUGCACUCAGUGUGGGAAGAGUUUCAGCCAAUCAUCAUCCCUUAAUGACCACAUGAGGAUCCACACUGGAGAGAAACCAUUCACAUGCACUCAGUGUGGGAAGAGUUUCAGCCUUUCAUCAUCCCUUAAAGACCACAUGAGGAUUCACACAGGAGAGAAACCAUUCACAUGCACUCAGUGUGGGAAGAGUUUCAGCCAUUCAUCAUCCCGUUAUCACCACAUGAGGAUCCACACUGGAGAGAAACCAUUCACAUGCACUCAGUGUGGGAAGAGUUUCAGCUGCUCAUCACACCUUAAUCACCACAUGAGGAUCCACACUGGAGAGAAGCCAUUCAUAUGCACUCAGUGUGGGAAGAGUUUCAGCCAAUCAUCAUCCCUUAAAAAACACAUGAGGAUCCACACUGGAGAGAAACCAUUCGCAUGCACUCAGUGUGGGAAGACUUUUAGCAAAUCAUCAUCCCUUAAUCACCACACGAGGAUCCACACUGGAGAGAAACCAUUCACAUUCACUCAGUGUGGGAGGAGUUUUAACUGCUUAUCACACCUUAAUAGACACAUGAGGAUCCACACUGGAGAGAAACCAUUCACAUGCACUCAGUGUGGGAAGAGUUUCAGCCAAUCAUCAAACUUUAAUCUACACAUGAUGAGCCACACUGGAGAGAAACCAUUCACAUGCACUCAGUGUGGGAAGAGUUUCAGUCAAUCAUCACACCUUAAUCAACACAUGAUAACUCACACUGGAGAGAAGCCUUUCAGCUGUAAACAGUGUGGGAAGAGUUUCAGUCAAAAGCCAAACCUUUAUGUUCACAUGAGAGUUCACACUGGGGAGAAACCUUACAGCUGUGAACAGUGUGGAAAGAGUUUUGCUAAAAGCAAUGACUUUAAAGCCCACAUGAGAAUUCACACUGGAGAGAAGCCGUACACAUGCCAACAGUGUGGGAAAAGCUUCCGUAAUACAGGAAACCUCACAUUCCACAUGAGAAUUCACACUGGAGAGAGGCCUUUCUCUUGCUCUCAGUGUGGAAAGAGUUUUAAGCAAAAUGGCACCCUUGAAGUCCACAUGAGAACUCACACUGGAGAGAGAAUAUUCACUUGCACACAGUGUGGGAAAAGUUUUGCUCAAAAACAAAGCCUUAUCAUCCACAUGAGGAUUCACACUGGAGAGAAACCUUACACAUGUACUGAGUGUGGUAAAAGUUUCACAUGUAAUAGCGCACUCAAUAACCACAAGAGUACUCACACUGGAGAGAAGCGGUUUGCAUGUUCUCAGUGUGGAAAGAGCUUCACAACCAAAGCUAGCAUUAAGAACCACAUGAAUGAUCACACUGGAACCAUAGUGUUCACAUGUGAUCAGUGUGGAAAGAGUCUCACAUGCAAAGACUCCAUCAAGCAACACAUGAAGACUCACUCAGGAGAGGAUCGUUUUAGAUGCAGUGAGUGUGGAAAGGGCUUUAAACAUAAAAGAAGCCUCAGCACUCACAUGAAGCUUCACAAUGGAAAGCAGAGUCCUCAACACUGAGACCUUGUCCACACAAACGGGUAUAUUCAAAACGGCAGCUUGUUCUCGUAGUUUGACUGUUCAUUUACGUGAAGUUUAUGUAUAAACUAUUUUCAAGAGGAUCACAUGCUUAUGAUUGUUCACGACUGCAUUAGUUAACACAUGAUUCACCAAUCAGAUGAUUCCUAACUCACUAUAAAUAACCAGAGUUUCUUACCUCAGUUAUCUUCGUCUUCGUCUUCGAGCUCAAACUCUGCUAACGGGGAGGAAGCUCCGGGCUCGAGUAUCUUAUGAGCCCAGGGCUCUCUCCCGGGACAGCAUGCCAAACAUGCUUUAUUAUCAAUCAUCAGCUAAGGGUGAACUCUUGAAUACAUAUCAAGUUACUGAAAAUGAAACCCUUUAACACCUGAAGAUUUAAACUGUAACUGUUUGUAGUGUAGAUCAGGGGUCACAGCCCAGAACCAGGUUGUGAGAGUUAGAAAAAAACUUUAUAUGUUUUUCAACUUUAUUAUGAACCGAUAACCAUAGUUGUGCACAUUGCACACUUCAAUCAAAUGGUCAGCACUGAACAGAAAUUUAGAAAGAUUAGGGAGGAGAAAAUGUUUGGGGAGAUGCAGGGAACACUGUCCAACACCCGUAGAUUGUGUUUAUGAUGAAAACAUCAGAGGAACAGAAAUAUGGUGUUUUGAGACAGCUGACUGGGAGACAUUCAGCUAUGUCAGUGAGCAAGAGAUGAAAAAUACUGAAGUAUAUUGAUGAAGAUGAUGACAAGGUGAAUAAUUGAUGCUUGCAGUGCUCUGUUUGUGUGCAGCAAAUCAGACUAAUAUGAAGAAGGGGCAUAAGGAGAAAUGACUGUACCAUGGUGAACAAAUGAAUGUGGUGAAACAGUCAAAUCUAGAAAUAAAGCAUUUAAAAUAAUGAAAAUGAA